AUGGCAGGGUUUUGGAAUGAGAUGAUCUUUAAGGUCCUUUCCAACCCAUAAUAUAUUUUUCUAUGAUUCUAUGAGGGGCGCAGUGCUGGCGGCUGCUGUCCUGGCUGUCUCUGCCGGCACCUCUGAGGGCAGAGGGACUCUCCAGAGGGACAGCUGGCUGGACACGUCUGCCCUCAGGACAGUAUCAUUUGCUUUAGAAUUACAGGCUUGAGGUCUCUUUGUUUUAGCACAGGAAGUGCAGAGCAAGGAAUCCUUCCCAACUCCUUGUCUCCCAGAUUUCCAAUGUAACUAUAGAUGAUCCUUCCCACACUUCACUUUUUUUUUGCUCCGUGUUCAUGAAUUUUUGGAGGGUUUUUCGUUAAAGGCAGACAUUUGACUGGCCAAGAUUUGUACAGACUUCUUUAGUGGGUUAAAAUCAAACAGAAGAUGCCCAGGAAAAGAGUGACUCUGGCCACUUCCUGCAUUUGUUCUGGUUUUGGGGUGGGAGCUUCCCUCUGCCUAAGAGAAGAAGGAGGGAGCAGUUAAUAGAACUGGAGCGUGUUCAUCUUCUGCUGCUCUGUGAUUAUGUGCUGGAACUGUAAUUUCUUCUGCUAUACCUUUUGGGGCAGAAUUAUAUGGAUACAACCGAGGAGAAUGUUACCUGUGAGAUGAGUUAUUUAGGUAUGGCACGUUUGUUGGCCUGCUGAGUGUCAGCCAGCCAGUUUGGGUAUCAUCAAAUGUGUUGGACUAGUGCCAAACAAGAAAAUAAAGAGGUUCUGACUUGCUGCUCACAUAGAAGGGUUUAACUGCAUGGCACAGCCAUGAGAUCUCGUGCCCAAAUGAACCACCAAGAGAACGGAGCUUCUGAAGGCGUGGAACAGGGAGGAAAAGCUAAUUUUUAUAUUGCACCCCCAGGGAUCGUGUUGGAUAUACAGAAAUACUUUGGACUCAGCGAUGGGAAGACAGGUCUGCUGCAAACAGUGUUCACCUUGUGUUACAUGCUGGCUGCCCCCAUCUUUGGAUACCUUGGAGACCGCUACAACAGGAAAAUCAUCCUUGGAGCUGGAAUUCUCUUCUGGUCUGGUGUCACCUUGGGCAGUUCCUUCAUCACUGAGUCGUAUUACAGGAUAUUUGUUCUCUCACGAGGACUGGUUGGCAUUGGCACGGCCAGUUAUUCCACCAUAGCACCCACCAUCAUUGCAGACCUGUUUGAGGAAGGAAAAAGGACCACAGUGUUAUCUAUCUUCUAUAUCUUCAUUCCAGUGGGAAGUGGCUGUGGUUACAUGCUGGCAGCUGGCAUGGCACAGAGCACGGGGGACUGGCACUGGGCAUUCAGGGUAACUCCUUGCAUGGGAGGUGUAGCACUGGUCCUCCUGAUUCUCCUGGUCCCUCACAGGAUCCAGAGAAGGACAGCGAGACACAGAGCACUGAGCAUCUCCGGCACAAGACGAGGAGCACAUGAGACACCAGGUGUACCCAGAACUACCAAGACUACUUGGUGUCAAGAUGUUGGAUCCCUUGCCAAGAACUGUAGUUUUGUCUGGUCCUCACUGGGUCUGACAGCCAUGGCCUUUGUCACUGGAGCCCUGGGAAUGUGGGUACCACUGUUCCUGUACAGGGCUCAGCUUGUCCAGGGCAUUGUCCCCCCCUGCCUCCAGGAAUCGUGCAAUUCAUCCAACAGCCUAAUCUUUGGAGGCAUCACCGUUGGGACAGGAAUCGUGGGUGUCAUCGCUGGGGCAGAAGCUGCAAGAAGAUUAAGGAAGAUGUACAAUAAAGCUGAUCCUCUGAUCUGUGCCACCAGCAUGUUCAUCUCUGCCCUGUGCCUCUACACAGCUCUCAUGGUGGCCCAGACCAGCAUCCUUUCCACCUUUAUUUUUAUUGCAUUUGGAGAACUGUUUUUAUCUGUGAACUGGGCUGUUGUGACAGACAUACUGCUGUACGUGGUGACCCCGAGGCGCCAGUCCACGGCCAUCGCCCUGCAGAUCCUGCUGAGCCACCUCCUGGGGGAUGCAGGCAGCCCAUACCUCAUCGGGGCUAUCUCCAAUGCCCUGCAGGCCCAGGGCGCUCCGUCCUUCCAGAGCAGCUUCCAGAGCAUCCAGAGCAGCUUUGCCAUCUGUGCCUUCGUGGGGGCCUUUGGAGGAGCCUUUUUCCUCCUGACAUCUCUGUACAUCGAGGGAGAUCGGAGAGAAGCAGAAAGGCCCUGAGGUGUCUGUAUGUCUUUAUAACUUCUAGACUUGUAGCUGGUGGCUUUCCCGUGUGGACACCAGCCAUGGUACGGGAUCUGAACCAAUAUCUGUAUUGGGGUAAUGCCACAUUACUUUCUACAAAAAAGAUAAAGGCAAAAUCCCAGCAAAGUCUCAGAUUAAAUAAACCUCCCAUGUCGAGCAAAACAGACCCCAGAGCUCACAAGGACCAGGGAAGUGCUGAUAGUGACAUCUGCAAAAUGCUGCAGUGCCUGGAGGAAAUAACAUCCUUUACUGUAGUGCACUAGUGCAGACUGCAGGGAACAGGAGGUUCUUCUUCUGCUCUGGUCUUUCUCAGCCCUGUAGAACCAGUCCUGGCUCUCUGUAGCACUUUUCCCUCUUCCCAGGGAAGUUCAUGUUCAAAGUGUAAAAAACCUGAAGUAAACCUGUUGAAUUGGACAGAACACAUCCUCAGUCCUCUGGGUUCUUACAGCCUCCUUCUGCUCUGACUUGGUUUUCCAGGUACCAGCAAAGAACUGUCUCUCAGAGGAAGAUGAACUCUGGGGCGAGAUUUGCACAGAAGAAAAGACCAUCCUCCCCUUUUUCUUUCCUUUUUGCUUAAUGAGAUACAGCUGGAGAAAAGGCCAAAUCACAAUUCCUCCAUAUGGCAGAAAAUCCUGCACACUGACUUUUUUU